AUGUCGCAACUUUCGUUCGCGGGCCACACAGUUAUCAUCACUGGCGCAGGCGGUGGGCUGGGCAAGGCGUACUCGCUCUUCUACGCUUCGAGGGGCGCGAAUGUGGUCGUAAACGACGUCAGUCAGGCAGCUUCGCAGAAAGUGGUCGAUGAGAUCACGAAGGCUGGCGGCAAGGCAGUAGCCAAUACUUCGUCAGUAGCGGACGGCGCAGCGGUCAUAAAGACCGCGCUUAACGCCUUUGGCGGAGUGACCAUCCUAAUUAACAAUGCUGGCAUACUUCGGGACAAGGGGUUUAAGAACAUGACAGACCAGGAAUGGGACCAGGUCCAGCUCGUCCACCUGAAGGGUGCGUUCUCAUGCACGAAAGCUGUAUGGCCCAUCUUCUGUAAGCAGGGAUUCGGUCGCGUCGUCAACACGGCGAGCGCGGCAGGCUUGUAUGGCAACUUUGGCCAAGCGAACUAUAGUGCUGCUAAGAUGGGACUGGUCGCAUUCACAAAGACCCUCGCUCUCGAGGGUGCCAGAUUCGGAAUCAAGGCCGUCGUUAUUGCACCUAUGGCGGCGUCCGCGAUGACCGAAACGAUCAUGCCGCCUGAGAUGCUCGCGAACCUGAAGCCUGAAUUUGUUGCACCUUUCGUUGCUUCUGUGACGCACCCCGAUGGGCCCGACGCAUCAGGAAAGAUUUUCGAGGUUGGUGCAGGGUAUGUAGCCGAGGUGCGGUGGGAGCGCAGCAAAGGAGCCGCAUUUAAGACAGACGCGUCCUUCACACCAUCUGCUGUGCAAGAAAAGUGGGAACAGAUCACUGAUUUUGAACAUGCUGAGCACCCUCAGGGGUUGCCAGACCUGGAUAUCCCGGGAAUAUUUGCAGCAGGAUCAAAACUGUCUACUAAUGCCCAGGCCUCAUCGGAGAUUCGAUUUGAUGGGAAGACAGUGAUUAUUACCGGUGCAGGAGCGGGACUCGGUCGUGCCUACGCACUCGUCUUCGCGAAGCUAGGCGCCAAUGUCGUUGUCAACGACGUGAAUGAGAAGACGGCUAAGAGUGUGGUCGCAGAGAUCGCUAAAGCGGGAGGCAAAGCUGUUGCCUCUAUCGCGUCGGCUGAGGACGGGGAGGGGAUCGUCAAGGCUGCCCUAGAUGCCUUUGGCGGUGUUCACGUGCUCAUUGCGAAUGCUGGUGUCAUACGUCCAAAUGCAUUUGCUGCCAUGAGCGAGAGAGAAUGGGACGAGGUGACGGCGGUGCAUCUACGAGCGACCUUCAAGUGCGCAAAAGCAGUUUGGCCGAUUUUCCAGAAGCAGAAGUUCGGGCGCAUUGUAACAAUGGGCUCCCAAGCCGGUAUCUACGGCCUGAGUGGUCUUGCUAAUUACGCUACUGCCAAGGCUGCAGUAUUGAGCCUCACGCGUACGCUGGCAAUUGAGGGCAGGAAGUACAACAUCCUAGCGAACACGGUAGCGCCCACCGCGGGGCCAUUGAUAGGUCUUGCUCAAUACAGGUUUAGCGCCAGUGACCAUGUCGAUGCGAUCAAGGAAGAGUACAUCGCGCCUCUCGUUGGCUUCCUGAGCAGCGAAGCGAACGAGGACACGACGGGCGGCCUCUUCCAGGUCGCUGCUGGAUGGAUCGCACAACUGCGGUGGCAACGUACAGGCGGGUAUGGCUUCCCUGUCAACAAGCCGCUGACGCCAGAGGCGAUCAUUUCGAAGUGGAGCUUGAUCACUGACUUCAACGAUGGCCGCGCCACGAAUCCCGGGAGCACUCAGGAGGCUUUCAUGCAGAUCGCUGAGAACUUCGGCAACGAAGCCGACGACAGUGCUGGCGGCAGCGGCAGCAAUAGCAGCGAUGCAAGCAGCCCUUAUGCAGACCCCGAAGACUCUAAACUUGUUGCAGAAGCCAAGACGAAAGUGGAGGAACCACUCGAGUAUCACUACACGGACCGUGAUGUGAUUCUCUACAAUCUUGGUAUUGGAGCGACCGAGAAAGAGCUCCAAUGGACAUUUGAGGGAGAUGACGAAUUCGCGGCUAUACCGACGUUCGGUGUCAUUCCCCAAUUCAUAGCGAGUGGAGGGCUGUCUCUCGAUUGGUUACCCAACUAUAAUCCCGCCAAGCUGCUGCAUGGUGAGCAGUAUCUUUCCAUCAAAGGCCCUAUACCGACUAGUGGGCACUUCGUCAAUGAGGCCAGACUCAUGGAAGUGCUCGACAAGGGGAAAGCUGCUGCCGUGACGUCAAUCGUGGAAACGAAGGACAAGGCGACAGGCAAGGUGAUCUUCGAGAACCAGUCCACUGUGUUCAUCCGAGGGGCUGGAGGGUUCGGUGGCAAGCGUGUAGGCAAAGAUCGCGGCGCAGCAUCCGCAGCGAAUACACCGCCUCAGCGCAAGCCGGACGCUGUUGUUGAGGAGAAAACGCUCCCAACCCAGGCCGCAUUGUACCGCCUGAGUGGAGACUACAACCCACUGCAUAUCCUGCCGGAGUUCGCUGCUAUUGGUGGAUUUGAUAAGCCUAUCUUGCAUGGCCUGUGCUCUUUUGGUAUAUCCGGGAAACAUGUGGUCAAGACAUUCGGCGAGUUCAAGGAUAUCAAAGUCCGAUUUGUGGGCGUCGUCUAUCCCGGCGAGACUCUGGUGACAGAGAUGUGGAGAGAAGAGGACAAAGUGAUUUUCACAACCAAGGUAAAGGAGCGAGGCACUGUGGUCCUUGCAGCUGCUGCAGCGACAUUAGUAAAUGCUGGCGCGCCGAAGGCUAAAUUGUAGAACGGUGAGCACAAGCGCCACAUUAGUUUUGAUCUCACAGCGUGUAAGAGGAUAUCUUGUAUAUUACCUAUUGUACGAUCACACGGUGACUGUCCUACUAUCCUGCAUUUUAUUUUGGUAUCACACAAGUUUGAACCAUUAUAUUGUCAGAUAUAUG